AUGGAGCUCCUGCAGCAGGUGGCGGAGGGCGGCCGGCUCUACUCCUGGGGGUCGGCGGCGGUCGCCUUGCUGGCCACCCUCUUGGCGGCCUCCGCCUCCCGGUGGCUUCUCGGCUACUUUCGGGCGUGGCGGGAGAUGCGGCACAUCCCGGGGAUCCCCCGCUGCUACCCGUUCGUGGGCAACCUGCUGGCUUUGGAACGCGACGCGGCAGCUUUCUUCAAGCAAAUGCUUAAUUACGGUGAUGAAUUUCGGAAUACACCAUUAGUGAAGGGGUGGCUAGGAACAAUGCCGCUUCUGCUCUUGUUUCAUGCAGAAACCAUAGAGGUGGUUUUGAGCAGCUCAAAGCAUAUUGAGAAACCCUUUCCUUACAAGUUUCUCUAUCCUUGGCUGGGAACAGGACUUCUUACAAGUUCUGGAAGCAAAUGGCGGACCAGAAGAAAGAUGUUAACUCCCACCUUCCAUUUCACCAUCUUAACAGACUUCCUCGAAGUGAUGAAUGAACAAGCCAAUAUCCUUGUUGAGAAACUUGAAAAACAUGUGGACAAAGAGCCAUUUGAUUGCUUAUUAUACAUGUCUCUGUGCACCCUUGAUAUAAUCUGUGAAACAGCUAUGGGCAAGAAAAUAGGUGCCCAAAGUAAUAAGGAAUCAGAAUAUGUUCAGACUGUCUACAGGAUGAGCGAGUUGGUUGAUCGCAGACAGAAAAGUCCCUGGCUUUGGAAUGAUUAUUUGUAUCUCUUGUUCAAAGAAGGAAGAGAGCAUCACAGAAGGCUGAAGAUCCUUCACAAUUUUACUGAUGAGGUUAUUGCAGAAAGAGCUCAUGAAGUAGAAAUGAAGGAGAAACAUCAAAAUGGCACAGUCGGCACCGAUGAGCCAAGUGGGCGUAAAAUGCGGAGAGCCUUCCUUGAUAUGCUUCUUAAUGCCACUGAUGACGAUGGGAAGAAGUUCAGCUAUCUGGACAUUCGAGAGGAAGUGGACACAUUCAUGUUUGAGGGUCAUGAUACUACUGCUGCUGCCUUGAACUGGUCUGUCUACUUAAUUGCAAGCCAUCCAGAAGUGCAAAGAAAAAUUCACCAUGAACUGGAUGAAGUUUUUGGUGACUCUAACCGUCAUGUCACCUCAGAUGAUUUGAAGAAACUACGAUAUCUGGAAUGUGUUAUAAAAGAAACCCUCCGCCUUUUCCCUUCUGUUCCAUAUUUUGCCCGUACAUUACAAGAAACCUGCCAUAUCAGAGGAUUUACGUUACCAAAGGGGACAGAUGUCCUCAUUGGUCCUUGUGUCCUGCACAGAGAUCCCAAUGUCUUCCCAGAGCCUGAAAAAUUCCAACCGGAGCGGUUUUCCAUGGAGAACUCAGCCGGGCGGCAUCCAUAUGCAUACUUGCCUUUCUCUGCUGGGCCCAGAAACUGCAUUGGUCAACGCUUUGCGCAGAUGGAAGAAAAGACUGUUUUAGCCACCGUCUUGCGGAACUUUUGGGUGGAAACCACACAGAAGGAUGGAGAAAUUGAGCCUGUCCCAGAGCUUAUUCUUCGCCCAAACGGCCCUGUCUGGAUUCAUUUAAAAAGGAGACAUGCUUCUGUUUCUGAAAAUGAUAAACCCCUGGAAGAUUCACUCUCCCAAUAUAAAAUCUAA